AUACACUUAACACCUUCCUUUACAUCCGCUAAAUUCGGUCCCGAGCAGUCUGACAUGCAUUCCACUUUCGCUGAAUUCUGCUUUUAUUACCCUUCCUCUUUCGUGUCCCGUCUUUUUUAUUUUUUACGCUUCUGCUUCCAUUACAAAUCUAUCCCUAAUCCCGAAGGAUGUGUGUUGGAGAAGAAAUUGGAAAAACUUUCCCAAUUAAAUUUGAAUUUUACAAAAAUGCUGUUAAUAUUGGAGAAACUAGAGUAUCUAUGUUAGACCCACUUUCUUCUGAAGAAAAAUUUAUUUCUGUUGUUGUCAACGACCCUCGUACAAAUAAAGAGGUUGGAAAGGAAACUUGGCGAAAAGGAAAUAAAGAAACUUUUGUGCCCGGAGGGUUAGUGACACGGCGUGUUGAAGUUGUUGGAAAAGAGGAUAGUAAAGAAGAAAAAAGGAAAGAAAGUCAACAAAUGGAUGAGAGUGAAAAAUUGAACGAAGAUGGAGAGGAGGAUAAUUUGUUAAGUUAA